AAUCAUAUGACUUCUUCUCGUCACGACCUAUUCGGCUAUUGAUUUCUGGCUAGUUCUUGAUUCUCGCCUAACAGUUUUUGUGUGUGUAAGAAGAAAUGGCGAGUCAAACUCAGGGAAUCCAACAGCUUUUGGCUGCUGAAAAACGUGCUGCAGAAAAAGUAUCAGAGGCGAGAAAGCGAAAAGCGAAACGCCUAAAGCAAGCCAAGGAUGAGGCUCAGAGCGAAGUAGAGAAGUACAGACAGGAGCGCGAGAGACAGUUCAAAGAAUUUGAAGCCAAGCACAUGGGCACAAGGGAAGGCGUUGCGGCCAAAAUCGAUGCUGAAACUCGUGUGAAGAUUGAUGAAAUGAACAAAAUGGUUCAAGUACAACAGGAAGCCGUAAUCAAGGACAUCCUGAGUUUGGUAUAUGACAUCAAGCCAGAACUCCAUGUCAACUACCGCAUAGCUUAAUACAACAGUAUCUUUAUGCCUUUAAAGUUCACAUAGUAAAAUAUUUGUGGAUACGCAACUAAGAUUUAGUUCUUAUUGUUAAUAAUAUUCUGUUUUCAUAAUCUGUAGCCAACUGGGCGUGUGUAUGUUUGAAUUUGUCAAAUUUGACUUCUGUCAUAGACAGUGUUGCUAGAGAAAAUAGACAAUAUUUAGAUGUUUUAAAAAAUAAUAAUAUACCAACACAAUUUUUUUUUCUCUUCAGUUAUUUCUGAUUAAGCAACAGUGUUGUCUUUUGCUGUAUAUAAUUAAUUGCUUAUUUAUUGUCAUUUAACCAUCUUACCAAUGACUACAAUCAGCUCGAUAUCAUUCCAUUAAAUAAUGUUGGAAAGUCCGCUUCAGAACACAAUAAAUGUAUUUUAAAUUGUAUAUUAUUCAAUGUUGUAUGUUGAAUAGAAAUAUAUGGAGUUAAUGAAAAUA